AUGACGACGCGAAGAGCUUUAGUCGCAGUGAGGGAACUCGCGCGGAGACGCAUCCUCGCGGGAACGACGACGACCGCGAGGAGUAGCUUCAGUUUUGCUGCUCGCAGCUUUAGUUCUUUCACUUCUUCUUCUUCUUCUUCUUCGAAUGUCUCGCCGAGAGGAGCGAGAACGAUCGGGACGCACAACAACAUUAACAACAACAACAUGAACAACAACAUGAACAACAACAAACAACCGUUUCAUUCGACCUCAAUCGCGCAGUGGAAGAAUCACUCGAGAAACACGGAACGGUUGAAUCCACCGGAGAGAGGUCCCGAGGCUCCGAUGACUUCUUUUGAAGCCGGGAAAAAGCAGAAAGAUUGGGGCAAAGCCGGAGGCGGGAUGUCCCCUUUCACAAAGACGAGAGAGUUGAAAAAACGAAAGACGUACGAGAAGAGAGCAGGACACAUGAUGGAAACUUUAGAGAGAGAACGAAUUACUGAGAUGUUGAAUGAAAGGGAAGGGGUGAAGAUUAGCCCGUUUAGACCGGGAGAUGUGGUGCAGUUGACCAUGGAAGUUCCCGAAAAUCGAAGACGGACGCAAAGGUUUACGGGGAUAUGCAUAGCGAGGAAGAACCGAGGAUUGGGGAGUUCGUUUACGUUGAGAACGAUGCUUGGAAACGUCGGCGUAGAGAGAAUGUUUCCCUUGUAUUCGCCGAAUAUUAAGGAACUAGUAGUUGUUGAGCGUAAGAGAGUAAGAAGAGCGAAAUUGUAUUACUUGCGCGAUAGACCGGCGAGAUUCUCACGGGUGGGAUAA